GAUCAUUUGAUCACGGGUGACAGGGAAUGACACGGAGUUUUAAAGUUUAAGGCCUCUUGCUAAUAGAACGCAACACCUUCGGACCAUUGAGAGCUACAGCGUGGAUAUAAACGGGGUCUGGGUCUGGAUCUGGGUCUCCAGUCUGAGUUUGGACCGAAGAGCUCAUCAUGACUAACGGAGUGAACGGAGGACUCGGCGGGCUGCUGCUGGACUCAAGCGGCGCCUCACGAAGGAGGUACAAAAGAUACACCACGGGAACUUACAUCGGACUUAUUGCGUACGCGAUUCAAGAUUCACCGGACAAGAUGCUCACGUUCAAACAGAUAAUGAAAAAGCUGGAGCCGUUUGUCUUCGGAGACAAAAAGGGCAUCGAGAACAACAUCAGAGUCUGCCUUUCGUCAAACAGGUGUUUUGCAAAAGUGCCGGUGGAUCCGGAUUACCCAAACCCUAAAAAGAACUUCUGGAAAGUGGAUGAAAAUGGCAUCACUCCAAAAAUGUUUCGCAGGCAUUUUAAGUAUCUAAUCAACACAUUCCCCGGCCUGUCGGUGGAUCAGACGCCACCGGCGGAUGGGUGCGAGGAGAGCUCGUAUCCCCCCGAGCCUCUCACGCCAGCCCGCGAGGUCACCGAAAACAAAAGCGAAGGCAAGUUCACGGGCCCCUUUUCCAUAGACUCGCUGCUGAAGAGCGACCGCGAGGUGAAGCGCGCGCCCCGCACGCGCUCGGAGGAGCACGCGCGCUACGUUGACGCGCUGCGCGCGGCGACCAAAAGGAAACCCGUUUAUGAAUACGAAGCAGUGGAGCGCUAUUACCCCGUUUCGGUAGGACGUGAGCUGGCCUCGGCGAAAAGACCUCGCCUGUCUUCAGGGCUUCAGUUCGGACAGUCUCUGCCCGCGCACAUCACAUAUAACCACGUUCUCCUCGGCUCUCCUUUAAUGUGUGACGCUAGAUACAUCUGCUGGUGAGCAGCCAGACUGACCACAAGUAAAGCUGAAGAAAUUGCACUUAACUUCUGUUUUGUUUUUUGUUUUGCUUUUUUAAUAAAACGGAUCUUUUUCACA